AUGGUGCUUGCCGACCUCGGCGCGCGCCUGCACGGCGCUCUCAACCAGUUCUCCAAGUCAUCGUCCAUCGACGACGCUGCUAUUGACGCACUCCUCAAGGAGCUCUGUGCCGCUCUUCUCGAAUCCGAUGUCAAUGUCAAGCUCGUUGCUCAGCUUAGGGCAAAGGUCAAGGCCAAGAAGAGCCUCGAGGAGGCCGAGAAGGCGAGCGGCCGUGAAGUGAACAAGAAGAAUGUUGUGCAAAAGCUCGUCGCACUUGUGGACCCCGGAACUGAGCCAUACAAGCCGGUCAAGGGCAAGGUCAACGUCCUCAUGGCCGUUGGUAUUCAGGGUGCCGGUAAAACGACGACGUGUACAAAGCUCGCGGUCCACUACCAGAGGCGAGGAUUCCGCACCUGUCUCGUGUGCGCGGACACGUUCCGUGCUGGUGCGUUUGACCAGCUCAAGCAGAACGCGACCAAGGCCAAGAUUCCCUUCUACGGCUCUUACACCGAGACCGACCCCGUCGCCAUUGCGUCGCUGGGUGUGGAGAAGUUCCGCAAGGAGCGCUUCGACGUGAUCAUUGUCGACACUUCGGGUCGUCACAAGCAGGAGAGCGAGCUCUUUGAGGAGAUGGUGUCUAUCAGCAACGCCGUCAAGCCCGACAUGACCAUUAUGGUUCUUGACGCCUCUAUCGGUCAGGCUGCCGAGGGCCAGUCGCGCGCGUUCAAGGACAGCGCCGACUUUGGUGCCAUCAUUGUCACCAAGCUCGACGGCCACGCCAAGGGUGGUGGUGCAAUCUCGGCCGUCGCUGCGACCAAGACCCCGAUCAUCUUCCUCGGUACCGGAGAGCACCUGAACGACCUCGAGAAGUUUACCCCCCAGCCCUUCAUCUCCAAGCUUUUGGGAAUGGGUGACAUCCAGGGCCUCAUGGAGCACAUGCAGGACAUGGCCAUGGCCGACCCGGACCGCCAAAAGAACCUCGCCAAGAAGCUCGAGCAGGGCAAGUUCUCUAUCCGCGACUGGCGCGAGCAGCUGUCCAACAUCAUGGGCAUGGGUUCGCUGUCCAAGAUUGCGUCCAUGAUCCCCGGCAUGCCUCAGGGUAUGAUGGAGGGUGGCGAGGACGAGGCCGCCGCCAAGCUCAAGCGCAUGAUCUUCAUUACCGACGCGAUGCGCACCGACGAGCUCGACUCGGACGGCCUCAUCUUCUUCAGCUUCGACAAGGCCGGUAACCCCACGGGACUCAACAAGCGUGCCCGCCGUGUUGCCCAGGGCUCGGGCACCAGUGUGCGCGAGGUCGAGGAGCUCCUCGCCCAGGCCCGUAUGAUGGCCGGUAUGGCGCGCCAGGCCGGAGGCAAGAACGGCUGGAUGUCGGCCAUGCAGAAGAUGCAGGCCGCUGCAGGCGGCAAGCCCCUUGGCGCCAACGGCAUGCCCUCCCAGCAGCAGAUUGAGGCCAUGAGGAAGGCCAUGCCCCCAGAGAUGAUGCGCAAGCUCCGCGCUGCCGGCCCCCAAGGCGCCCAGAAGAUGAUGGCUGAGAUGAUGGGCGGUGGUAUGCCCGGCAUGCCCGGUAUGGGCGGCGCCGGAGCACCUGGUGGCAUGGACUUUGGAUCCAUGAUGCAAGGUAUGAUGGGUGGUGCCGGCGGUGCCGGCGGUGCUCCCGGUGGUGGUGGUAUGCCCUCGAUGGCCCAAAUGCAGGAGGCCAUGAAGAUGAUGGGCGGCGGCGGCGGCGGCGGCAUGCCCGACAUGGCUUCUAUGAUGAAGAUGAUGGGCGGAGGCCGUUAA